AGAAUCGGUUCCCUUUUCAAUAAACAAGUGAACAAGAACGAUAGAGCUCUCACUUUCUCUCACUCCAAAGUCUUCCCCACACCCCCUUCCCUUCCCUUCUUCUCUGCAGAUAAAUUUCACAUACUUUUCGCUGAAGGAACCUCCUUCUUCCAUCGCUCAACGGAAUGUGUGAAUUCCCCUUUUCUUUUUUCUAAAAUCCUUCAAUCUUCAUCUUUUUUUUCUCUCAAUCUCAAUUUCAAUCUUACUUACUGAAGCUUCAUGGGUGGUGUUACUUCUUCCAUGGCUGCUAAAUUCGCCUUCUUCCCUCCUAAUCCACCCUCUUACAAGAUUCUUAAAGACCAACCCACUGGUCUUCUUCUCUUGGACCCUUUUCCCCACCGUGAAAAUGUCGAUGUCUGGAAGCUUCCCACGCGUAAAGGCAAUGAGAUCGUUGCUGUUUACAUCCGUUACCCUAUGGCUACUUCCACGCUUCUUUAUUCACAUGGAAAUGCUGCUGAUGUUGGUCAGAUGUAUGAGCUCUUCAUUGAGCUUAGCAUCCAUUUGCGCGUUAAUCUUCUUGGGUACGAUUACUCUGGAUAUGGGCAGUCCACUGGAAAGCCAAGUGAGCACAAUACUUAUGCAGAUAUUGAAGCUGCAUACAAGUGUCUUGAGGAGAAGUAUGGUGCUAAGCAAGAGGAAAUAAUCCUUUAUGGUCAAUCUGUUGGAAGUGGCCCAACUUUGGACCUUGCUGCACGUUUGCCCCGACUACGAGCAGUUGUCCUGCAUAGUCCUAUAUUAUCAGGAUUGAGAGUCAUGUAUCCAGUGAAACGCACAUACUGGUUUGACAUCUAUAAGAACAUUGAUAAAAUACCAUAUGUUAAGUGCCCCGUGUUGGUAAUUCAUGGAACCUCCGACGACGUUGUUGAUUUCUCUCACGGCAAACAGCUUUGGGAGUUGUGUCAAGAGAAAUAUGAACCCUUGUGGCUGAAAGGAGGAAACCAUUGUGAUCUUGAACUCUUCCCAGAAUACAUCAGGCAUCUCAAGAAAUUUGUAACCACCGUUGAGAGAUCGCCUUCGCGAAGGAAUGGUUCAAGGAAAAGCACAGACCGAAUGGAGCAAUCAAGAAGGAGCACAGAUUGUUUUGAGGCCCCACGAAGGAGCACAGACAGGCGAGAGAAGCCUAGGAAAAGCGUUGAUAGACUAGACAAAUCGAGACCGCAAGGAUACAAGUUCAACAACAUCGAGAAGCUAGAGAAACUAAAAAUCUCAAUAGACCAAGUAGAGAGAUCAAGAAGAAGUGUGGAAUUCUAUGAGAAACCAAGAAGAAGCAUCGACCAACAGUUUGAAAAAGCUCGAAAGAGCGUCGAUUGGUUGGAUAGAAUUCGUGCCGGGUAGAUGUAGAGAUUGGAUUGGUGAAGGAAGAGUAGUUCCCUGAUUAGAAAAAAAGAAAAAAGAAAAAAAAAGGCAAGGGGGUGGGUGGUGGGUGGUGGGUGGUAUACAAAGAAGAAAAUGUUGGGGAAGCUACUUCUAAUUAUUGAUUUCUAGAAAAAAUGGGGUGUUGGUUUAGGAAAAUCCAUACUUGGGUUGUGACAUGUUUAUAGUUUGAUACAUGGGGAAUUCAUUACCUUCUACCUUGAUUGUUAAUAGAACAAAAAUCAUUGUUGUUAAAUCUUCCUCAAAAGUCUACCCUCUCUGUUAUCUCUCUCCUCAUGGACUCUUUGAGCUUAAAUGAUUUCCAUUUAAUUUCUUAUGUGUAUUA